GCCAAGUCCUGAUGUUUCGAAAAAGCAGCAAGAUGAAGAAAUUGAAAGGCUCAAAAGAGAUAUCGAAGAGCAAAAGCGUCGAGCAGGGCUUCAAACGAAGCAGGAUUCUGCAAAGAAGUCUGAGAGCGAGCCUACAGAAAGUGAUUCCAAAGAAAGUGUUCCGAAGGCUAGUGAAUCUAUUUCAGGAGCUGGUCUGCCAGAAGGAGAUUCCGGCAAAGCCGAGCCGUCUUCUUCUUCCAAAGGCAAAGGCGAUGAUAACGAUGCAAUGGAUAUCGAUGCUGGAGAAUCAGAAGACGAACCAGCGGAAGCUGCUGGAAGCCAGAAGAGUGCAGCUGAAGGGAAACCUCCCAACGAUAUGGCUGGUGUAGGUCGUGGAGGAAUCGUCGUCCCUGGCAUGCGAGGUCCACCUUUUCCUAUUCCGCCAGGUCUUAUGCCGCCUCCACCGCCUGGAAUGUUUUUACGCGGCGGUUUUCCGCCUCGAGGUAUGCCUCCAGUACCGGGACGAGGUGGUGGUUUCAUGACUCCUCCACCGAACAGGAAUAACAAUGGAUCCGCGGCUCAAGGCGGUUUCUUUUCAGCGCCGCCAGCACGCGGUGUUCGAG